AACGACCUUGCAGACUUGGUGCCCGCCCUGGAGCUUCUGCGCUCCGACGACGACUCGCGCGGCACAUCGCCCAGGCCGCCGGCGCCCUUGCGGCGGAGCGGCUGCGGCCGGAGGGUGCGUACUGCUACGCGUGGCGCGCGCUGCGGGGCCUGCGGCGCCUCACCGCCGACCAGGCGGAGGUGAUCCGGGAGGCGCUGCCGCGGUUCGAGGAGGUGCCCCGCAUCGACCUCGGCAAGUACCACGCCGGCUUCCGGCCCCUGCGGCAGCGCCUCGAGGACGCCAGAGGGCGUCCCGGCUGUGGGGCGCCCAGUGGCGGCGCGCUGUGA